AUGUCCGCUUCUUCUGGGUUCACGGAUGAAGAGAUUCAGCAGACUGUCGCUCUUGUUCAGAUUUACGAGUGGAGCCGUCGCGCAGCUAUCGCUGCACUAAGCUGGGCUGUCUAUGACUAUCUUAUCACGUUCAGUACUGAAAUCAGACAUGUUUGGCUGCGACCAUGGGGUUGGUCCAAGCUGUUAUUCGGUUGGACACGCUAUUUCGGAAUGUCGAUCGUAAUCGUUUGGACCACCUCGAAUAUUCUGACUCCCUCCGAAGUCUCUCCAGCAAUUUCUUGCAUCAUAUAUUACUACUUCGCAGCAUGGGGCGGCGUUCUUACCCAAAUGACGUUAUCUGUCAUAAUGAUUCUCCGGCUCUGGGGAUUGUAUAAUGGAAACAAUAAACUGGCAGUUUUCUGGGCCAGUCUACUUACGAUCCACAUAACAGCAUUAUGUAUCAUAUUCGGGCUUGGGACCCGAUUGCCGCAUUACGAACCUCCAGCACCAUAUUUCACCCUCGACCGCAACGUAUGUUUCGAACCAUCAGCGCCUCCCUCCUUUAUCGGGAUUUGGGCUUCACGGCUUGCUCUUGACACGAUAUUUUUCGGCUUUGUCUUGUGGAAGGCUUACGAGGAAUAUCGUCAAGGAUGGCAUAGUAGCAUUGCAGAAAUGCUGAUCACAGAUAACGUAACUGCAUUCGCUCUGGUAUGCCUCAUUCAAGUAAUGAACCUCGUUAUACUGUUUUCGAAGAAUCCCCAGGGUGCUCAAGCGGGCGUUGGUUUUGCGUUGGCCAGUGACGUGAUAGUUGGAAGCAGACUCCUCUUGCAUGCCAAGGAAGUCAUCAACAAUCGCAGAGAACCAUACGAAACAGAGCUCGAAUUUGGGCCGGAGGACGCUGGAUCUCAUUCUGCUACCAAAACUAGCGGUGGACGCAGUUUCGCUACUGCGGUACGGGAGAGCUACGAGGCUUCUUCAUCUUCAUCGCCAUCACGCGCACCAAGGCCGUUCAUUGACGUGGAACCAAUCAACCUUACAAUCAUAGAAGAGAUAUGAUGGUUAGAACACUGUCCGUUUUGCGGAGU